AUGAAAUCUGUUUCUCGAAAAAUCCUCCUCAUCAACCCCAAUUCCUCAAAAUCCAUGACCGAUGGAUUAGACAACCUGAUAAAAGAUUUGAAUUUGCAAGGGUCUACGUCGACGGAAAUCCACACGUAUACAGCGCCUUCAGGCCCACCAAGCAUCAACAACGAGGACGAUGCGCUCGAAAGCGCUAACGUCGUGCUCCCGGAUAUUGAAUCAAAACUCUCAGAGUACGACGCCUUUCUCGUUGCCUGCUACAGCGUACAUCCUUUAGUGGGCAUGAUACAGGAGAAAGUUGCCCCUCAUGUACACGUGACUGGAAUUUUUGAAGCCAGUAUCUCGACGUCGCUUUCGUUGAUUCCGAUGGUCAAGGGAGAGAAAGUGCGCUCGAAAUUUGGGAUUGUGAGUACGGGCAGUUAUUGGGAAAAGGCAUUGUCAGAUGGGGUGAAGGAGUUUUUGGAGGUGGAUGAUUUGAAGAGUUGUAAGAGGUUUAAGGGUGUGGAAACUACGGGGUUGAGUGCUGGGGAGUUGCAUACUGCUCCAGCUGAGGAGGUGAGGAGGAAGAUGAUGGAGGCUACGAAGAGGUUGGUGAGAGAUAAGGAUGUGAAAGUUAUUUGCCUUGGGUGUGCUGGAAUGGCUGGGCUGGAUAAAAUUGUGAGAGAUGCUUUGGAUGAGGAGCUGGGCGAGGAUUCCAAGCAUGUGCAUAUCCUCGACGGAGUCAAGGCUGGAAUUGGGUUGUUGGAAAGCUUGCUAAGAGCUCUGCCUCCGAGAGCAUAG